AUGACUUCAGCGAGAAGUACGGACACUUCUCUUAUAUUUGAGGAAAAGGCACAGGCUGAAGGCAAUUCAGCAGCAGUGCGACGAUUCGGUUGCUUGUUUUUACUGUUUAAUUGUUUGCUUCAAGGAACCUACGACGGCCACAAUGGUGUAGUAUGGGACGUAGAUGUGUCAUGGGAUACCACUCGACUGGGAACAGCAUCCGGAGAUAAUUCGAUCAAGUUCUGGGACUGUGAGACUGGAACGGUACUGAAUACCAUCAACACUCCGACUCCCGCGAAAUCUGUCAACAUUUCCUUUUCGGGCCAUUUACUCGCCUACACCACACAGAAGAUGACAAAAAAUCCUUCGUCGACACAAGAGACCGACCAAAAACAAAUUACAGCUGACUGUCCACUGUUUCGCACUCAUUUUGAGUUCGAUAACUCAGCUACGACAUGUGUUUUUAGCGGAGCUACCGAUUGCGUCACUGUUGGAUUUGAAAAUGGACACAUAUUCCAGUAUGAUCUGAAAACUAAAGAUGAACCAUGUUUGUCUAAUGAGAAGGCUCAUAGGUACGCCAUUACUGACCUACAAUUGUCGCCAGAUGGGGCUUUCGUUAUUUCAUCAUCAAAAGACAAAACGGCUGCAUUACUCGACGUGUAUACUUUGGACAAUCUGAAACAGUACCGCUCUGAACGUCCAGUUAACUCCGCCUGUAUAUCACCGAUUCGUGAUCAUAUCUGUCUUGGAGGAGGAGAAGACGCUAUGCAAGUAACGCAAACAGCUGUGUCUGCUGGUCAUUUCGAGGCGAAGCUCUAUCACAUGGUGUUUGAAGAAGAAUUCGCUAGGUUUAAAAUGCAAUUCGUGGGAGCAUUUUGUAUGGUCCUAUGA